CUUCAGGUUUGCCAUAAGUUUGCGCGUGUGAAAUCAAGACGCCUGUAACGCGUAAUCAUAUUCGUUUUUGGAGCAAAUGGAUCUUAUACAUAAGAAUGUGCAGGUGUAAAUCGCAGACCCAGGGACCGCUUUGACUAAAUGCCGACCGGGCCCCCAUCAUGCAAGUUGUGCACCUGGAUGCCCUUUUGCCCAGUCCCGCUAAAUUCUAAGUUGUUUCUCGCUCUGAGCUUUUACCUUAGUACUCUAGGGGCGCCUGCCGACUUGGGCACGUGCUGAGAAAGAUGCAGGCUUCUUUGCGCGCGCGGGCUAGGCCCUUUACCUCGGGCGCCCAGCCAUCGCUGCGGCGAGCGCCCGCUCGCGUCUGCCGCCCCGUGGCGUCAGCAGCGGCUGCUAAAGGACCCGUUGUUGUUGUGGACAACUACGAUAGCUUCACAUACAACUUGUGUCAGUAUCUGGGUGACUUUGGGGUUGACUAUGUGGUGUACAAAAACGACGAGAAAACCGUGGAUGAGAUCAGGGCCAUGAACCCUCGCGGUAUCCUCGUGUCGCCCGGCCCCGGCCGGCCCAUCGACUCGGGCAUCUCCCUACAAACAGUGCGGGAGCUGGGUCCCGACUUCCCACUAUUUGGUGUGUGCAUGGGGCAUCAAUGCAUUGGCGAGGCAUUCGGAGGUGACGUGGUGCGCGCGCCGUGCGGGGUGAUGCACGGCAAGACGUCGCCGGUGUUCCACACCAACGUGGGGCUCCUGGAGGGCCUGCCCAACCCCUUCGAGGCGUGCCGCUACCACAGCCUGGUCAUCAAGCGCGACACCAUCCCGGAGGACCUGGAGGUCACGGCCUGGACGGAGGACGGCACCAUCAUGGGCGUGCGCCACAAGAAGUACCCGCACAUCCAGGGGGUGCAGUUCCACCCCGAGUCCAUCAUCACGCAGAGUGGCAAGAAGAUUGUGGAGAACUUCGUGAAGACUCUGUAACGCCCUGUUGUGACGGUGAAGGUGGCGAGGAGUUUGGCGAGCAGCGUUUAGCGGCGAGGAGCUGCGUGGAGCUAUUGCCAUGAGCGACUUGCGUGGAGGCACUGCCUUCUCUGAAACUGUGAAAGUCAUGUUGCGGCGGUGCCUGGCCAAGUGGUGGCGCAGGGCGUGGCCCCAGCUGUUGCCAGUGAGGGCGGUGUGCUGCAGCUGAGGUGAACACGUGGUGCAUGCGCCUCGGGAACCUCCGGUGGAAAUGAAGUGAAGUGAAGGAGCGUGCUGGAGGCGUGGCAGUGUGAGGACAGGGCAGCUGAGACGUGAGGGUUGUGGAGUGGAGCAUGUGACUGGGUAGCAAGGUGUGAUUGGGGCGCGUAGCUAGGGGUGCGUGAGAGCGUGGGUUGCAUGGUCUGCAUCUUGACGCGGGUUGGGCACAAUUGCAGAGAGUGUGAAAGGAGGGCAUGCGUGCAGGCUGUGCAGGCCCCACGCCUCUGAACAACUGGGCAAAGCCGGGGAGGUGGCUUCGGGUUUGGUGUGGGGUUAAGUCGUGGCUGCCCAUGGAGCGGCGGGUGUGAUUGCAAAGUGGGCCACGGAAGUAGCUAUGAGACACCGUGUGUUAUGCUGCUACUGCGUGCAAGGGGUUUAUAGACACGGGUUAUUGAGGUUAGGGUUGUUGGUGGACGGCGCUUAAUAGUCGGGCAGUCGGACAAGAACCCUGGUUUGGGCCCUGCAUGAAAGGUGAGCGCCGAACAAAGCAUGCAAGCGAGCCAUGUCUUACGACAUCAACGCUACCGCUUUUAAACGUGUAUCUUGG